ACAUUUUUGAAAUACCUAUUGAUAUGACGCAGUCGCUUUGAGCCAAAAGAAAUAAGCGAAGCAGAAAAAUGAAACCAGCCCCAAAAACUGUUGCAAAACGUUGCAAAUUCUGCAGCAGAAUUUGAAAUUCACUGCAAUAAUUUGUAAUCGAGUGCUGUGCUUUUUACACCUGGUUUUUCUGGCCAUUCUUCUUGGGCUAAAUGCAAGCAACAAAUUAUUCAGCCGCUGAUCAUGUUUUGGCCAAAACAAUUAUCGGGCAUCGUUAGCCUGCUGCUUUGCCUGCUCCACUUACAAAAUGUGAAUGCCUUUGUUAUUCCUGAGGAACUACAGUCGCUACUCUCGGUGGUUUACUCCAAUAUACCCCCAAUCAAAAAAGGCACCGAUUCGCGUAUUGGUUUUGGCUAUCGGCUGGGCGACCAUGCGGAUUUCCAGGUGAUGUUCGAGCUGGGACCACAGCGGGAGACGCGUCCACUUGGUGUGGCUGGAAAGAACGAUCAGUCCUUCAAUAAGCGCCAGGUGAGCGCCAACGAACAACGUGAGCAGUUACGGCAACAGGAACUGUGGACUUCCACGGAGCGCAGUGCCGCAAGCUGGCUGGAAACCUGGUCAAGUGGUAUGAAACCAACGGAGAAGUCAAAAGGGAAGCCCAGAAUCAGGCAGACAGUAAAGGAUCAACCACAAGUGGCAUCGGAUGCAGUGCAGCAGCUGCAACAGCUUUAUAAAAUGGCCACCACAUCCACAUCUACAUCCACUGCCAUCUCAACGUCAACAGAUGUGCCCUCACCUGGAGGAUCGCUAAAAUUGGGAAAUCCAAGUGGAUUUAAAUUGCCACCGCCUGCGCUAAGACAGGACACGAACUCCUUAGGCUCCAUACUAAUGCCCACAAAAAGCAGUGCUGACAUUACCAAGGAUCUAGAGAAUGUCAGUCUAGAGGCUUAGGUUGUAUAUUAUUCGUAUUCUAGUACUUACAUAAUUCAGAUAAACUAUUUGUAUAUAAAUCCAUUUGGCUAACCAAGUGAACUACAUAUCACUUACUACGUAAUAGGUGUUUCUAAUUUUUAUGUGUCAAUAGUGAAAAUGUAUGGUAAAAAGUCAUUUCAAAAUAAAAGUGUAACGUUUAAA